GUCCGUCCAAUGGAGGAGCGCUUCCGCAGAUUUGAAUUUUGAGAGUGCGGGAGCUGCGGAGGACGCUCGGUCUUGGUGUGUGCGGUGAAAAAAACAACAAAAUGGACGUGGACUCCCAGUUUGUGGGGCGAUAUAAAAAGGACCUGAGCAUAGAGAACUUACGAGCCAAAGUGGCCCGCCGGAAAUCCAUUACUCAGAAAGAGAACAGACACAAGGAGUUCAGAAAGAGCCGGGGCCUUUCUCUGGCCGACGUCAACGUCUCCCUCGUGAAGGAGCAGGAGCUGACUGUCGUGGAGGAGGGGAACGAGUCCUGUCUGAAAGGACAGGAGAAUAAUCCGGGUAAAACUAGAGAGCAGAUCAUCAAAGAGGAGCGCCAUGCGAUGCUGCAGCGCUUCAAAGAGGAAAAACAACUGCGCAAACUAAAAGAGCAACGAGAAAAAGUCAGCAAGGGCAUCUUUAGAUGUGGGAUCUACAAGCCGGAAGGGUCUCUGAUUCCUGUCUUCACAAGUCAGACUGCUGCAAAAGUGAAACCGAAGGAGAAGCCCCCCGCACCCAGCGUACCAAGAGUUACACGGUCUACCCUGAAAGUGGACCCUCCAGCCAACAAGACCCGGACUCAGGUAAACGUGCUGACCAACAAAGCCCCUGUUGAUCGCGCAGUUCCGAGAGGCCGCGGACAGACAUCAGUGGUAAAGAAGAACGAAAGCAAAGUUUCCGGUAUCUCAUCUGCAAGAACGACCAGAUCCACUGCCGUUAAAGCCCCCCUGAAAAAUCCCCCAGCCGUGAAACCACAAAAGAAGCCUUUAAGGGAGAUCAGCCCUGAAAUGGUGAUGGAUAAGACAGAGCCUCCUGUAAGUGAUCAUUCAAAUGAGAGAGUGCAAGAGCCAGAGCCUGUCCUCAAAGACACCCAUGUAGAAAGUGAGACGUUGCCAGAGACCUCGCCUGACAAACCUGAAAGAAAGCCAUCCUUUGCUCCGAAGAACUUUGUCUUUCAGCCUUUAGAUGGCUUGUCUACGUUUCAUUUUCAACCAAUGACCCCUAACAGGGCCAAUGCAUUUCUGCUCCCUACUUUUACCUGGAGCCCCCUGGAUGGUAACAGAGCCUUUGUGGUUACACGAGAACAUAAAGAACAUGAGGAAGAUCUUCAGUCUCCAACUGAACCAUCACAGACGGCCACAGAAGUAAAGCUGGAAGUAGACUUAAAUGCUUUACCCCAGGAUGCAGAAUGUGCAAGCGAUGCCAAUUCUUCCCCGCAAACCAGUCCUGCAGUGACCCCUCCGCCUUGUGAGCCAAGCACAGAGGAUAACAAGACCACACAACCCGAAGAAGCUCCUCAUGACGUGCCAUACUUCAGUUUUUAUCGUAGGAGCAUCUUGAAGUCUGAAAUUCAGCGGCUGACGUUGUUGUGUAUUGACUGGGAUAAGAGGAUUGACAUGGAUAUUCCAGAAGAUGCCAAAGACCUGAUCAGAACCACAGUUGGACAAACAAGACUACUUAUGACUGAACGGUUUAAGCAGUUUGAGGGCCUGGUUGACAACUGCGAAUUUAAGAGAGGAGAGAAGGAGACAACGUGCACAGAUCUCGAUGGCUUUUGGGAUAUGGUCAAUUUUCAGAUUGAAGAUUUGAGUAAAAAGUUUUUUAAUCUUGUAAAACUGGAAGAAAACUCCUGGCAGCAGGAUACAAGUCAGACUAAGAAGAUUGUAAGGAAAAAAAUUGCUCCAGCUGUAACCAGGAAACAGAACCAAGGAGACGAUGGGAGAGCCGCUGCUAGAGGGCGCCUUGCUGCUAUCAGAGCUGCAAUGAAAAAUAGGAUCAAAAUGGAGGCUCCAUGUGCUGAAGUAGAAGUUCCAGUUGACCCCAUGCAAGUGGAUCCAAUCGUAUUUGAUGCUGGAUUCUUUAGGAUUGAAAGUCCUGCUAAGCUACCUGGCAGUCUAAGAACUAUUAAAAGUUCUUCUCGGUUAAAUACACCAAACUCGACAAACACAACUGUACAGAACUUGGAAAUGCCAGUGCCCAAUGGUAUAGAAAACGCAGCAGAUCUCCAACACGAGAAGUCUCCAAGCCCUGUAAGGUCACCUGUAAGGAAAACCCUGUUUGGUGGGCCUGAAGAAGAAAGUUUGCAGAACCAAGAACCGGACCCCGUCUUGCAGUCUCUCCAGCAUACAGAGGCGGAUUCUAUUCCGGCAGAAGUCGACCUGACUAUGUAUCUAGCUCCGGCUCAGACACUCGACUUGGGAGCAGAGGAGUCUCCGGGUCUCGUGAAAUGCUUGGGCCUUGAUGCAAGUGAAACACUAGACGGAUGUGACGCAGAGGCAAAUAAUGAGACAAGUCUGAGGGUCGAUGACGUUUUCAUGUGCAGUCCAGAAAAAGUUGAACCUGAAACGGAAGCCUCGUGUUUAGCGGAGACCUCUGAACCGGGGCCUGAUGACGAAGUGAAGACCACCAGCAACCCACUUGACUUCCUUGGAAGCUGCACCCCUAUUAUGGUAAAGCAUGCGCCUAUGAUGAUGGAGUCUACCCAAGUGCUCACUGACUUAAUGACGUUCUCACCGAUGGAGCUGUGAUCUGCUUUGCCAUAAAGAAUGCUUGUAGGACAGCCGCAACAGACUGGAAAUCACGAGCCUCCCCUUCCGAAUCUAAACAUUUUAUGAUGUUGUUUUAUAGUAUUAGGUUUGUAUAGUGUGACUUGCACCAAUGUUACUUCUAUAAGCUGUUAUGUAUAUCAUGGAAGUGUUGCCGCACUACCUCUGCGCUAUUCAGCCAUUUACAAGACUGGCUCUGUAUAUAAUGUUAUUUUAGAUAUGUUUUAGCUCUUGUAUUGCCUCUGUCCAUUGUUUUCUACAGCAAACUUCACAAUGUAUUUAAGAAGCCCACAAAUCUAACUUUUGUAUCCCCGAAAUCAGCUGUAACAAACUGUAGUAAACUGCUUCAAACCAUG